GCCGAUAAGCUUUAUUAUCUAUAAUUACCUUUUUUGUUAUUUACAAUAGAAGUUAAAAAGUAAUAUUUUCGUAGUGGCGGUAUACCACGUAGGUUCUUUGUGAUGUCAACAGAAGAAAAAGGUGGUGUACAAGUGACGAAUAACGGAGGAGUAAAUAAUGGUGUGGAUUUGGACAGUAUUCUUGUCAAUGAAGUUGGCCAGUUCGGAAAGUAUCAGAUUGUGACCCUACUGCUGGCUGCGAUACCCGUUAUAUUUUCGGCAUUCGCGUCCGGCGAAUAUAUCUUCACUACCGCUAGGAUACCAACUAGAUGCUUGAUUCCACAAUGUGACGGCUCCGUCCCUGACUUUUCGGCAUCAUGGGCUUCAACCGCCAUUCCCACUGUGAAUGGACAAUUGGAUCAAUGUUCCCGGUUCGCCAACAGCACAUUUCAAGAAAUAUUGCCAGGAGAAACCUGUCCAGCUACGUUAUUCGACCAAACUACUGUAGAAGCCUGCGAGAGUCAUGUAUAUCAGAACACUAUCAGCGUGGUUUAUGACUUUGGCUUAGCAUGCGAUGAAUGGCGACGUUCCCAAAUCGGUUCGAUCAGAACAAUCGGCACCCUCCUGGUGCUGCCCAUCACCGGUUAUAUUUCCGAUCGCUGGGGCCGGCGAGUGGCCCUCACCAUUAACGCUUUCAACACUGGGUGGAUCGGUCUUGUCCGUGCUUUCGUCAACUCCUACGAGUGGUUUCUAGCGCUUGAGGUUAUUGAGUCUGCUGUGGGCGCUGGCGCUUUUUCCUCUUGUUAUAUUUUAGUGACAGAGCUGGUGGGACCUAAAUACAGAGUUAUAGCUGGAGCUACAAUAUCGACAAUGUUCGCCGUCGGCCAAGUUAUACUGGGCUUCAUCGCUUGGGGUGUCCCGCAAUGGAGAACUCUCACACUGGUGUUAUAUGCACCACAACUUCUAGUCGUUUCAUAUUUCUGGAUCUUAUCUGAAUCCGUACGGUGGCUGAUGAGCAAAGGCCGUUUCGAAGAGUCAGAAAAUGUCCUCAAGAAAGUAGCGAGAUGGAACAAAAAGGAAUUGUCCGACAAAUCUUUGACAGAACUUCGGGCAUCUGCUGAAGCAGAAAAGAAUAUGAUAAAACCUAAAGAGCAGUGGCUGCCGAUAUUGGUUAUAAAAUCGCGCGUGAUAUUAUCUCGGUGCCUCGUGACCCCUAUCUGGUGGAUCACAAACACGCUUGUAUAUUAUGGCAUGAAUAUAAAUGCCGUUAACUUAUCAGGAAACUCUUACCUCAACUAUGCCAUCGUCGCAGCUAUUGAAAUUCCUGGCUAUUGGACCGCCAUUCUUCUGUUGGACCGCAUUGGUCGAAAGCCAGUCUUAAUUUGUGCUUACUGGUUAUGCGCUGUCUGCCAGUUCACAUUUGCAUUUUUACCAGAAGGCAAUGAUUCACUGGCUUUAGCGAUGUAUCUGAUUGGCAAGUAUGCUAUAGCAGUGGUGAUGACGUCAGUUUAUGUGUACACGGCCGAGCUGUACCCUACCAAGUACAGACACAAUCUGUUCGCCUUCUCAUCCAUGGUUGGAAGACUUGGAUCAAUCACCGCACCGCUCACACCUGCUUUGGCGCAGGAGGUAUGGCAGAGCCUACCAUCGGUGCUGUUCGGUAGCUUUGCGCUUCUCUCAGGCGGGCUCAUUUUCACCACGCCGGAGACCCUGGGCACCACAUUACCCGAUACCAUCCAGGAGGCGGAAGAGCUUGGUUCUGGAAGCAGACGUUGAUACUCAUCAUUAAAUAUAAUUAUUAUUUUCAUUAUAUAUUUUAUUUCGAU